CAUGCUGAGACUUUUUUUGGGUUGUUGGUAUUGCUUGCCUUUGGUUAAGUUUUGUCAAAUUCACAUCAAGUUCUUUGUUUCUCAUUGAAUUCCAUGGUUGAUCUCUUGACAGGAUUUUUUUGUUUGCUUAGUUGGGUCUUUGUUUUGUUUUCUUUGGGUUAUUGGUAUUGUAGCUGAGUCUCAUCGUAAGCACAAUGAUACAGGAGUAAUGUGACAAAACAAGCCUCGUACUCACGGUUUCAACUAAAAAGUUGGGAAUGAUGAUGUCAACAAGAGCCCCAAGGCCAAUUCUGCAAGUUGACAAGCAAUAAAGUUGAUAUUCUCAGCCUCUUUCAAAGAAUCUAUCUGUGGUGGUGAUGGAAGAAAAUCAAAAGGGCAAGUUAAUAAGCAGGCAGCAAGAAGAUGAAAAGGGAUCCAUAGGAGAGGAACAAGUGUGGAGUUGGGGAGCAGGUACAGAUGGGCAGCUGGGUACGGGUAGGCUUAGAGACGAGUACCUUCCUCAAUCCCUUCACCUUCCUUCCCUUUCCUCCACCGGCCCCAUUUCUAUGCUUGCUUGUGGUGGAGCUCAUGUUGUUGCCUUGACCUCCGGUGGGAAGGUGCUGACAUGGGGGAGGGGCACCUCUGGUCAGUUAGGCCAUGGAGAGAUGAUUAAUAGCUUGAGUCCAAAGCCUGUUGAGUGCCUGGGGAAUGAUUUUAUUACUCAAGUUUCUGCUGGAUGGAGCCACUCUGGUUUUGUUUCAGAUGCAGGGUGUGCUUUUACUUGUGGGGAUGGUUCAUUUGGUCAGCUUGGGCAUGGUGAUUACAGGUCGCAUUGCUCUCCCAUUAAAGUAUCAUAUUUUGUUAAUAAACAUGCUCAACAGAUAGCAUGUGGUAUGCGCCAUUCACUUGUCUUGUUGACAGAUUGUCCAGGAGAUCAAGUUUAUGGAUUUGGAGCUGGAAAGCGUGGUCAACUUGGUAUUUCAAUUAAUAAUAUCAAGUCAAUUAAUCUACCUCAAGUUACUUGUGGAUUCAGAGACAUUAAAAUCACUGCCAUUAGUGCAAAUGGGGACCACAGUGCUGCAAUAUCUGCUGAUGGACAGCUGUACACUUGGGGAAGAGGGUUUGGUGGAACUUCUGAUUCUCAUUGUCCUCAACUUGUAGCUUCGUCUCUCUGCUGUAGCAAAGCUAGUCUUGGUUGGAAUCAUGCUUUAGUGUUGUCUGGUGAUGGAGAAGUUCUUAUGCUUGGUGGUACACAUCAUGGAGUGCUUAGUGAUCCCAAGAAAAUGAAUCCACCAAAGCAUUUAUCUGCUAAUUCAGGAGAAUCUCUAUUAGAGAGAGUACCUAGUCCUGAUGGAAUGAAAGUUGUGCAGAUUGCGGCUGGAGCAGAGCACUCUGCUCUUGUAACAGAUGAUGGAGUGAUUAAGACUUGGGGUUGGGGUGAACAUGGUCAGCUUGGAUUGGGAAAUACAUGUGAUCAAACUAAGCCUCAAACAGUGCAUUUGGACCGUGAAUAUCCACAGAAAGAUACUACAUUGAGGGUUUACUGCGGUAGUGGCUUUACAUAUGCAAUAAGGUCACCACGCCUCCUUACUCAAACCUGAUGAAUGCCGACUACGAAGACCUUCCCUGCUCAGCCUUUUGCAUGCAAUAUCUCGGAGUAUUUGGUAUAGAUAUCAAAAAAAUCAUGUUCCUAUGCGCCAUUAGAAAGAACUCUCCGAACUACCCAUCUGUAUCUUAACAAUUACCAGUGUGAUUGAAGAUGGGGUCGGACCUUGGAAUUGCCUCUUGAGACAACAAUUGGUAACUCAGAUUUCUGCCUGCUUCUAUCUUUAUUCAGCUCAUUUUCACUAGUUAGAGGUUUCUGUGAGAUGUGAGUUCACUUCAUUUGUUAAAUUAAUUUCAAGAGCCAAAUGUUGUUUGCCUGUGAUGCUGUAUUCUCUUUUAUUUAAAUACAUUUUUUAACAUUCAAUUUUUCUUCAUUGUAGUAAGACUCAGAUGAAUGGUUAAUCCAUUUUUCUGAGCCGCAGUAGCAUUGUCAUUCUGUUAUGACUCUUAACUCGUAACACGAUAUAUUAAGAUUUAAUUUAAGAUUAAUUGGAAAUAGAAGGAUUAUUUCAUU